AUGAUAGAUCUGGCUAGUAAGCUUGGAAGUAAUUUUCGCGUCCCCUGCCUGUCAGGAGUAAACGUUUCCGGCCAACUCCUCAUCGCCGAGGCGGUCCUGCAACGGUUGGAGUCGUUGGUCUUCCAACGCCACAAACCGAAGUUCUGGGCCCGGAAUGGUGAUGACACCUUCAUCGUUAUCGACCGGGAUCAACUGCUGACAUUCAAAAAACGUCUCAACGCUGCCUUCACGGACAUGCAAUUUACGAUGGAGGAGGACGAGAAAAACUAA